UCAAAAUCACCCUUCUAGAUCAUUCUCCGUGAGCGCAACUCUGGUAUAGAUAAGGCUCGGUAGUAUUCCUUCAGCACAGAGCAUCCUCAGACAGACAACUGUCAACAUCGACAUUAACACAUUCUUACAAACGAAAACUGCAUUUCAAGGAUCAGACACAAUGGCAAAUAAUGAAGAACACGAGACAGAGGCAAUGAUGGUGGAUGAUGGAGACAGUGGGAUGGGAUCUACCGACGAAUCUGGUAGUCGUCGGGAUUCUCUCUCUAGCAUGGCGAGUGCGAAUUCAUCGGCGACUUCGAGCAACGACUCCGCAGUCGAAUCCAUGUCUGAUCGGCGUAGCUCACUCAGCUCGAAUGCGAGUUCGAUGUCGGGCAUGAGUGACAGAUCCCUUUCUGCGUGGAGUGGUCAGAGCAGUGAUGCAGGUUAUCCGGACAGCAACUCAUCAAGCCGGAGAUCGUCGCUAUCGAGCGUUCGAAGUGACGAUAGUACAACCACGAUUCGUAGCGAUGCGACGGCGACAUCGAUGAGUUCGGAUCAAACUCGGACCUCAAGAUUUAAUCUAGACGACUCGAAAUCGACAAGAGAUAUCGAUUCGACAUCGGGUCAUACACGUGUCCGCACCCCAUACAACCACCGCUCCGGCACUACAAACACGACGACCACCACGCCCAGAUCGGACCCGACUAUCGAGAUCAGGGUUGAGGACUUCUGCGGCAAGACGCACAUCGUCAGGGUCAGGCCGACGGACACCGUCCGAGACCUCAAGUGUAAGAUUAAAGAUAAGGUGAGGGUAGCCCCUUCUCAGCAGCAGUUGACUUUCCAAGGGAGACCCCUCACGAAUGACGCAAGCACCGUGACAUCAUGUGGACUCGAGAAUUCGAGUACCGUGCACUUGCUGGGUCGAAUGUUGGGCGGUAAAGAUAACAUGCAUCGGGUUGGCUUCGUCUGAGAUGACGACCACGACAAGGACAAAGAUGGGAGACCCAUGAGAAAAAAUGAAAGUGGUACAUAAUGCAUGUAAUAAGUUCAAAAAGAUGUAAUGGUAUUCAUGAAGAUAAAAGUGUAUUGGAAUAAGAAAAAUAAGUAGAGGAAAAGAAGCAAGAGAUAAAAAGACAAAGAAAAUAAGCAGGAAAAAAGGAGAGACGACGACGAUGAUGAUGAUGAUAACGAAGAGGAGGAAGAAGAAGAAUACAGUGUGUGAGGAGAGGACAGAGAAACU